AUGAAUAAAUUAUUAAUAUGCCUGCUAUCAGCACAACUGAUAACAUAUUUGAGCGCAACGGAAGAAGUACAUGCAGCUGGUGGAUUGGCCUCUAGAGGUGCUAUAGGGGCUGGUGUUGCAGGAAGAGCUGCAGAGGCUGGUGCAGCUGAAGUUGGUGCCGCAAGAGCAGCUACUGGUGCAGCGACUGGUGCAGCUGUAACUGGUGCUGCGGAAAGAAUGGCAGGAGCUGUUGGAACAGCUUCAGUUUCUGCUGCUGAUCGAGCUGGAGCUACUACAGUUGCUGCUGCGGGUGCAAGAUUAGCAACUGCAACAUUAACAGAUGCAGCUCGAAAAGUUGCCUUACAAAUUGUUGCAUCUGCUAACUCCGCUGCAAGUGUAAUUGAUACAGCCGAUGCAGACUCCAAUGCAGCUAUACGAAAGGCUGCCAAAGCAAUUGAUGGUGUUGCUAGUGUAACAAUUAGAGACUUACAAAAAACUGUGGAUACAAUUGUAUUGGGUUUGCAAGGAUCUGUCAAGAAAACAACAUCCCAAUUAAAUAUGGCCUUAGACUCUGCAAUUAUUGGAGUUGGUUCCGAUUUAUUGGCUGUAGUCGCUACUGCAGAGCAAACUGUAGCAAGAGUUGGUCGAAAUGUUGCUGGUCUAAUCCGAGAGGCUGCUGGUGAUAUCGCCAGACAAGUAGUAUCUACAUCUGUUGGAGUAGCAAGUAGCAUUGGAGGACAAAGUCUUAAGAUUGCAGCUAUUGCAGAAGGUGCAAGACAAGAUGUACGCGCUUCACAAGCUGGAAUGUUAGCAGCAACUGAGUAUGCUAAGAUAACAUAUUUGAGCGCAACACAAGAAGUAAGUUUCACCGGUAGAGUACUUGGAGUUCCUUUAAGAGUUUCCACAAGAUCAUCUGCAGGUAGAUCAACUGGUAGAACUGAUGGGACAGCAGCAGCUGGAGCAGAAGCAAGAAUUGGUACUGUGGAAAGGUAUUGGACUGCAACUCCUAGCCGCUAA